AGGGACAGCCAAGGGGCGUUGUUUUCUGACCCUGUCUUGCCACAGAGAACAAAGAAGAAAGGGCCUAAGGCAUUGCACAGUCUGCCCAGCGGGCCCUGCCCUGUGAACCUGGCUGUGGUCACUGGGCAGCCACCCGUCUGGGGGACCUUUAUUUUAGCAGCCUGCCCAGGGGACUUGUAUUCCAGCAGCUUUUGAGGGGACUGGCUUUACUAACGAGCAACAUUGCUGGCCACUGUGUGAAGGCCAGGUGCAUCUGCAGACGCAGCAGGAGGUGAAGCUGCGCAUGACGGGCAUGGCACUGCGGGUGGUGCGCACCGACGGCAUCCUGGCGCUCUACAGCGGCCUGAGCGCCUCGCUGUGCAGACAGAUGACCUACUCCCUGACUCGGUUCGCCAUCUACGAGACUGUGCGGGACCGCGUGGCCAAGGGCAGCCAGGGGCCCCUCCCCUUCCACCAGAAGGUGUUGCUGGGCUCCAUCAGCGGUUUAGCUGGAGGCUUCGUGGGGACGCCCGCGGACUUGGUCAACGUCAGGAUGCAGAAUGACGUGAAGCUGCCCCAGGGUCAGCGGCGCAACUACGCCCAUGCGCUGGAUGGCCUGUACCGCGUGGCUCGUGAAGAGGGUUUGAGGAGACUGUUCUCAGGUGCGACCAUGGCGUCCAGCCGAGGGGCCUUAGUCACCGUGGGCCAGCUGUCCUGCUACGACCAGGCCAAACAGCUGGUCCUUAGCACUGGCUACCUGUCUGACAACAUCUUUACUCACUUUGUUGCCAGCUUUAUUGCAGGUGGAUGUGCCACGUUCCUGUGUCAGCCCCUGGAUGUGCUGAAGACCCGUCUGAUGAACUCCAAGGGGGAAUAUCAGGGCGUUUUCCACUGCGCCGUGGAGACAGCGAAGCUCGGGCCUCUGGCCUUUUACAAGGGCCUCGUCCCAGCUGGCAUCCGCCUCAUCCCCCACACCGUGCUCACUUUUGUGUUUCUGGAACAGCUACGCAAAAACUUUGGCAUCAAAGUGCCAUCCUGACCGGCCGUGGGAAUGGCUGGGCCGCCAGGCCAGCUGCGCUGAGUUCUUCCAAAGAGUCCCAAGCCCAGCACCUGCUUCUGGGGCCGCAACCUCACCGGCCAUGGCCACCCGUCUUCCCCAGCAGGCCCCUGCUGUCCCCCCACCUGCUGGCUGAGCUCCUCCUGGCCUCGUCCCCUCUCAGCUGUAGCUGCACCCCCACCCCUGCUCUGGCUCCCAGGCUCUCCCGGCUGGGCGCUGCGUGGCCUUGCCCCUCCCACUGGCAGCUCCUCGGGGGAACAGGGGCACCAGAGGCUCAUUUCUCCCCUCUCCUGGGCCGGGGGAGGGUAUUAUCCCUGCCUCCUGCCUCUGAGGCCCAAAGCAGCAUCUUCCAGCACUUUCCAUCGAGGACUCGGGUGGCAGAGUGUGGGUGCAGCCUGGCUGUUGCUCACCCAAGUGCUAGCUGUGCACUUUGUAUCCGCUGAGAGCGACCAGACCUUCCGUGUCCUCAGGCAGCUGCAACUCCCCGCAAGAUCCCGCGGCUGGGUGGGAGGAACAAACAACAGACCACGAGCGAGUGCCUGGGAGGGAGGGGCCCAGAGAGGUUCCGGAGCCAUCACGGGGGAGGGUGAAGGGCCACCGAGGUCCCGCGCACCCCCAUCCACCCCACAGUGGCUUUAACAGUUUUGCCAAAGCCUCUCCACUCACCAGCAGGCGGUCUCGUCUUCAGGGAUUGUGCCGGCGUCCCUCGGCUCCCUGGGGGAAUGGCCCAGGCGGGCUGCAGUUCCUCCUCAGGGUCUUCUCCUGACAAGGAGUCCCCCCGGGUGGCUGCUGCAUUCUCUGCUUCCCUAGUCGCUGGGCUUCGCCCCACCUGGGAAGGGCAGUGUGCUCUGGGGGGGGCCGCAGUCAAUAAAUGCCGGGAGCUGCCGCGUC